CCCUAAAUAAGAAAACAAUGUUUUUAAGUAAGUUUGUAGGAUCUCUUUAACUAUUUCACCCCUAUGGUACGAAUCAUAGUAGUACCCGAAUCUCUCCCCUCUAUUAGAAAAUAGGUAAGGGGGCUAAUUGUUAAGUAGAUCCGAAAUUGCGGCUAACUGGGAAUAAAUUUAUUUUUUGGCUAUCCGGAAACGAAUUUAAUUUUUGGCUAUCCGAGUGUUCGGCUCCGUGACACGCCACCUAUUUACCAACCCAGAUCUUGUAUAAUUUUUUUUUCUGCACAUAAAUUCCAUUAAAAAAUGAGAUGCCAAAUGCGCUUUCAGUUUUCAUUUAAUUCACACUUUUCGCUGUAUUUUAGCUUGGUUUACUGUUCGAGAUAUCAACCCUGCAUUUCUAAGUAAAAUCAGUUCAAUUUUGUCAUGAAAGUUUUUCAUUUUCAUUUUUUAUCAUUUAGGGGGUAUAACCGGAAAGACUCAUAAGUUUAGCUUUUCAAUAUUUCUUUACUAACUUAAGGGGCAGUCGGAGCAUUCGGAACUUUGCCCUGGUAUUAGAGGAGUCUUGUUCUUUUUACUUAAAAAGUUUGUUCGGCUUUAAUGGUUUCCGCUUUAACUAUAUCUGCUUAGUCACGUAAUAUAGCGUUGUUUGCAUAAAGAAUUCACUUUUGACUCUUUGUGUUUCCCGAUAGGGAGGAGUUUCAGAACUAAAUAGCUCAAUUUUUUCAAGGCAAAAUUUUUGUUUUUGGUUUUCUGAGUGCUAGUUUAACGCUGGCUUUACUGUUCGUCGACAUGUGUUCUCAAACUGAACAUCAUUUGUAUGAAAUAUUGGUCGAUGUAAUUUGUUCAAAUUUUUUAUCGACUUAUAAGCUUCGUCUCUUUUUCCGUCCGCUAAUUCAAUUUUAUGGCUGUUUGGUAUCACAAGUGGUGCGAAGCUUCCGCUUUGCCUCUCAGCAAAGUUAGUUGGCAAUGUUGUCAACUCCUGUUGUUUUUAUAUGUCCGAGUUUAACCGGAAUUGGGAAGUCCAUCUUCAUGGAAGUUCUGCAUUUUUUGCCGAUUUUUAUGAGUUCCCUCUUGUCGUUUGGACUGACUAUGGUCUGACAUGCGACGAAACCAGGAAGUCUAGAUUUAUAUCAUUAGCGAAAUGGAACAUGGGAGCUAGAAUUGCUCUGGUAAAUUAAAAAUUUUACAUUCAAACUCCAAGUGGAAAGAAAGGGUUACUGGGAAGUAAAGCAAUCGAAAACACGUUUUAGAGCUUCAGUUUGUUUACUACAAAGAUUGCUAUUUGAGCAAGCUAGAGGCUGUUUAUUUCUAGUAAUUAUAGCCUUUACGUUACAAAAUCCAACGGAGCUCUUUGAGAGAAUUCGCUACUUUGAUAUAAAUCAUUGUCUCAGAAUGUGUAUUGGCUUAAUUUAAGUGGUUAAGUCAAAUACUUUCUGGCAACUAGUGUGGUGCCUCUUAUUUAAGUAAAGUCAACCGGGCAGCGACAAGAAAGCGCCGUGGGUUUAAUUUCUUGUGCGGUGAUAGUUAACUCCCAAAUUGAGGCAUAUCAGUUGCCUAUGUCCACUUUUUGUUGGUCUAUUAAAGAGUUCUUUACUUACCUUUCUCUCUCUCUCUCACUCACAACCAACCCUAUUCCCAUGUACAGCUCCUAAACUCAAUUUCGAGUUUUCCCUCAAAUUGCGCCGACUAAAUUGAUUUAGACCAAAAAUGAAGUGGGCAAGUAAGCAGUUAAUUUACUCCCUCCCAUAGAUGAAAACCUUUUUAGUUUGUCCUCAAAUAGCUGCGACACGCUCCAGGCAAGAGCGCAAUUUAAACGGAGUUUAAAAUUUGCUUCAAAAUGCAGACCACAUCUAAACACACAUACACUGUUACGAUAUCGUCUGCGUCCUUAUUCCAUCUUACUUAAAAUCUACCUGGACCUAAUUUCACUCUUCAUUUAUUUUUCUCUGCCUCUUGUCAGCUACGCGAACAAUUCGAGGCCACUUCUAUCAAACAUUGCACCAGAAUUUUUGUAUGGUUAUCCGUAAUUAUUAAACAUAGGUGCGUCCAUACUGAGCUUAAUGCAAUGAGGCUUGUGUGGCAAAAUUCCAGCUUCAAUUUUCCACAGGCGGAUCAAUCAUAAAACACGAGAAAUGCAUUAUUGAUUCCGCUUGCCUUAAAACGAACAGGAAUUCAAAAAAUGUCACUAUUUUUUGUUUCCAUCUGUCCUUUGUUUGUUUUUCUUUGUCUUCUUUUACUGAUGCACAAUAAGAAGUAUUGGGACUGAAGACAACUCACUUAUUCCAUAGAUCUUUUGCCAUGGGUCACACCAAGCAAGUUCCCUUUGCACGGAAUAACCCUCACCCGUAUCCUAUGACGGGAUGGGAAGUCGCAAUCUAUUUCCUCAUUUUGCUCCUCCUGUGCUCGUUACUUUUAUUCGCCGUAAGACGAUACUCUUACGUUUUGGUAGAAGUUAUAAUAGCCCUGUAUUAUAUCCUAGACUCCAUAUCUCUAGCCGUUAUUGCAUAAACAUCCUCCACUCUCUGUCAACCGUCAAACAGAAUGACAGUUGGCUGCAAAGUUGCAGGGAAGAGGAUAGUUUUUCACAGUCAGCAGAAAAGUUAUCAGAUAAGCUCAGCCUGCCAAUAUCAAAUCAACAGAAUCAUCUAGUUCACAAUGGAGAACCUAAUCAGAUUUGCUGGGAUGCUGAUGAAUCAAAUUUGGACUCGAGAACAGAAACAGAAAGAAGACUCUCUGGGGAUAAUAAAUCUUCGCAUAUGCAUGUAUCAGAAUCAUUUACUCUAGACAGGUCUGUAUUACGUAAUAAGAAAGCUUUAAAGAAGUCCUCGAUAUCAUCUUCAAGUGAUUCCACGACAACGACACCAACCGAACGGCGAAUCAGAUUCAGUCUCAAUUUUGAACUAGACGACGACUAUAAUGACCACGAACGGAGUGACCGAUCAUGUCUUCCGAAGUUAUCACCUGUUCAACGAAGUUUAGACGACUGUAUCGAGUCGCCGGUGACACCUCGUCGAAAACCUAGAAGCAGUAGUCCCGAGAGCCUCCCGUUUGCCGACGAAGAUGAAGACCAAGACGAGUUAACCACGGGGUUUCUCUCUAGUUCACCGCCUUUAGGAACUGUUUCUACGAAUCGCUUAGUGACGUCUUCGCCCGGCUGUGACGUAACUUCUGAAUUACAUCUCGCAGAUAUGAUUGAGUGUGAUAAUCUGUCCUUUGAUGAAUCGUUUAGCGAAAUAUUGAACGGUGUACAUCCAGCAGCUGAAGAACAGCAAAGUAGCUCAGUUAAUACUGACGGCGAAGUGAAUAAGGAAGACUCAGAACUGGAUGAAUUUCUAUCUCUUUUAAAAAAAGACUCUUUACAAAACCAACUUGCCUUAAAUACUUAAUGUCUUUGAAAUGAGUUUUAUUUUGUAGAUAGCUUUAAUUAUAAA